AUGGGGUCGACAGCGGCAUUGUCCCAUUAUCAGAUUGGCGACCUACUAGGUCGAGGAGCCAGUGGUAAUGUCUACCGCGCUCUCAACUUUCUCACCGGCGAGACGGUGGCGAUCAAGUCGAUCUCGGUCGAGUCCCUCCCAGCUUCCUCCCUUCCAGACCUCAUGUCCGAAAUCGACCUCCUGAAGAACCUCAACCACCCAAACAUUGUCAAGUACAAGGGGUUUGCGCGAGACAAGGAGAGCCUUUUCAUCAUCCUCGAGUACUGCGAAAACGGGUCACUACAAACCAUUGUCAAAAAGUUCGGCAAGUUCCCGGAGGGCCUCAUUGCCGUCUAUGUGAGCCAGGUCCUCGAGGGCCUCGUCUACCUUCACGAGCAAGGUGUCAUUCACCGCGAUAUCAAGGGAGCCAACAUUCUCACCAACAAGGACGGCAGGGUCAAGCUCGCUGACUUUGGUGUGAGCUCGCGUGCCCCAACACCGGACCUCGCUGCGGCCUCAGAUCCGGACGCCGACAAUGAGGUCGUUGGCUCGCCCUAUUGGAUGGCCCCCGAAGUCAUCGAGCAGAGCGGUGCCAGCACAGCCAGUGACGUGUGGAGUGUGGGCUGUGUUGUUGUCGAACUCCUCGAGGGCAAGCCUCCAUAUGGUGAUCUCGCUCCCAUGCAGGCGCUAUGGCGAAUCGUCCAAGAUGACGCGAUGCGUAUUCCCGAGGGUGCGAGCCCAAUUGUCAAGGACUUUCUGUACCAGUGCUUCCAGAAGGACCCCAACCUUCACUCUACCGUCAGGUCGAAGCAGCCUACGGAGUAUUCCGUGGCUGUCCAGCGUGUUCAGGAGUGGAACGAAGCGCUCAAUGCGUCGCCAAAGAACCUGGGUACUAUGCGUCGUAUUCCCGCCGUGCCCAGACGGCAGACUGAGACCCGUGCCCGUUCCGACUCGUUAGGCUUCAGUGGCGCGACGGCAGGUGGCUCGUUGAGUCCUCCUCUGCUUGCAACACAAGCCGCGGUCACUGGCGGUUUGCUUCAAAAGAACCAACACGUCAGCGAUGUCCUCAGCCGUGCUCGCGAGAGUAAUGAGGCAGAGAGAUGGGACGACGACUUUGCGUUUGACGUUACAAUUCCGAGCAUUAAGCCACGUAAAAGUCUUGAAAACGCGUUUGAGGAGAACAUCCCCGAGCAUGAUUCCGACCACGAGACUGUGCGGCCCAGGCUUUCCGCUGGCAAGAAGAAGCCGCCCACUCGCUUGAAUGGUAUUGUCGAGGACUACUCGGAUCUCGCCACUGGCGACGACCAGCUGGAGUUGAAGCUGUCGAGCAUGAGGGACAAUGGUCAGAUUCGCCUCAUGCACCCAAAGGACCUGCAAAAGAUGGGAACUCUGACUUCUACCCCUUCCAAACCUGCGCCGCCUCCCAAACCUGCACCACCGCCAAAGACAACCGUCUCUACAUCUGCUGCAGCUCCUCCCACCACGUCUAGCCCCACAAGCACAAUGCGGACCCCACCUGGGUCUCGGAACAGCUCCCUGCGCGGCCGCAAGGCCGUGUCCGAGAACCCCGAACUGCAAAAGUACACGGAAGCUGACGACGAGGAUUAUUCGGACAUGUUUGAUGGGCCUGUGAUGCCUGUUCAUGGUGCCCACACGGUUGGCUCUCUGCAACUCACGCGACGCUCUAACCGGUCGUGGCAAGAGGAGGACGAAGAAGAAGCCGACCCCUUCGCCGAGUUUGACGACUUUGAGCUAGACGACCUCGAGGCAAACCUCCACCACAACAAGAAGGCGGCCCUAUGGUCUAGUGUCGAGAAGUUUGUCGACCAGCUCCAAGUCGGCACCUCCAUGGCGACUCUCAAGGCAGUAUGCGACGAGCUGUUGAACAUGUUUGAGACUUCUCCGCCGGAUAUGGGCCUGGAGCGUCACUUCGUUCAAGUCCACGGCAUGCUGGCUGUUCUUGAGGUUUUGGAGUCUCGUUUGUCUCGAGACGUUGCCGUUCGGUUGUUGAAGAUUGUCAACUUUAUUGUAGCAUUUGACGUGGAUAAUCUCGAGUCCUUCUGUCUUGUCGGAGGUAUCCCAGUCAUUAUUCCAUACACCAGCAAGAAACACACACUUGAUACCCGCCUCGAGGCAUCCACAUUUAUUCAACACCUCACACGAAGCGCAUUAACAUUGCAAAUGUUCAUUUCAUGUCGUGGCCUCAAAGUCCUUGUUGAACUCUUGGACGAGGACUACUCUGUCAACAAGGCUCUCAUCCUCUCUGCGCUCGAAGGCAUUGGGAGCGUCUUUGACCUCCAGUCUCCCACACCCAAACCCGACUUUUGCCGCAUGUUCACCCGCGAGGGUAUCCUUGACCCGCUGUCGUCGGCACUACUGGCCGUCACCAAGGAUCCCGAGAUUGUGGAUGACACGCCCAAGCGCGCAGUCGAUGUGCUCCUUCUCUUCUGUCAGGUGGCACAGAGCGAUGACCACGUCCGCUCCGCAUUCGCCACGCGUACCAUUAUGAUGCGCCUACUCAAAUCUCUGGACCUCCUCCCUCGCAAGCUGCUCGUCACUGCGAUCAAGGCGGUCAAGCAUCUCGCGACCAACCCCAAGCUCAUCGAGGUCCUUCAGAACUCAAACGCAAUGGAGGAACUUGUCGAGCUGCUGGGCAAGUCGCUCAAGGGCUCUUACAGCAACGAGAUUUGCUCGCACAUUUACCAGACCAUCUACUCGAUGUGCCGUCUGUCCAAGGCCCGCCAGGAGGAGGCCGCCGCCGCCGGCAUCAUCCCGCUUCUCAAGCGCACAAUCGUCAACAAGUCUCAGCUCAAGCAAUUUGCACUUCCCGUACUUUGCGACCUUGCCAACGCAGGUAAGGUCUCACGCCGACUGCUGUGGCAGAACGAUGGCCUGUCCAUCUACCUGGAGCUCUUGGACGACCCAUACUGGCGUUUCAGUGCGAUCGAGUCGGUCUUGGCUUGGUUCUGGGAAGACCCAGCGCGCGUGGAAGACUACCUCCUGCAAAAGUUGCCCGUGGACAGCCUAUCCAAGUGCUUUGUGCAGGCGGCCAACGUCUCCUUUGAGCGUAUUGUGGACCCUUACUGGAAGAUCUUCCGCCAGUCACCCACACUCGCUGUUGCGGUCGCUUCCUCUCCCUUCCUCCGUCGUUUGGCCGAGGCGCUCGAAAAGCCCGCCGACGCGGUGGUCAAGCUCGGUCUGCUGCGCAUCAUUCGCUUCCUGUUCGAGAACCACCCAGACCGCGAGACUAUCGUCACGCGCCACUCGUUCGACACCAUCGUUGAAAAGUUAAUGAUGCAGGACAAUGCCGUGCUCGUCCGCGAACUUGCCAAGGAGGUAUACGGGAUCCUCGUACCAGGCAGCGCCGACAUCGACGAGGCCGCCAUGGAGUCGGACUUGCCCAUCGCGGAAGCCAAGUCAGCGGCCGCUCCCGCCCCGCCGUCGAUGCAAAUCAAUCGCGUCCUCAGCUGCAUUAGGCCCCCCACCACCACCCAAGGAUGGCCACGCAAGUUCCUCGGCCAGCUCGCGUUCCGUAACGCCGACCAAUUCGUCGACUGGCCAGGGGCUGCGCAGAGCGGCACGGCCCAUCUCGCGGAAUCAGUUACGUGGGAAGCAGACGAGAACGGACGGUUAAAGUCUUUGCGCUCGCCCGGCAUUCGACCCAGGCACUCGAGUAACUCGAGUCGAGAAAGUAGAUAA